UGCCAAAUAUUCUGCCAUUUUCUUCAUGAAUUGUGAUUGUAAUUUGUUGUUUUAAGCUUCAGUGUUUCUUGAUUUCGCGAAUGUUUUAAAGGAGCAUGUGCUGCUUUUCUGGUGCAUAUCCCCGAGCAUAAUGAAAAUCUUCCUUUAUGUUUAUGUUAUGUUCUCAGGACAUGUAUAAAAAGGCAGCUGAGUUCUGGGCCGAGCUUAGAGUGGAAUUGCUGUCAGCUGGUGCAUUUCUCAGUGAUGAUAAGCCCUCUUCUAAUCAGCUCUGGAGACUUUACUGGGCUAAUCAUCAGCGCUUCUUUAGACACAUGUGUAUGUCCGCUAAGGUAUCUGCAGUAGUUAGAAUCGCAAAGGAAGCAUUGGCAGAAAGUAAAUGUAUAGUCGUAGGCCUUCAGAGCACUGGAGAAGCAAGAACAGAGGAAGCUGUUUCAAAAUAUGGUCUUGAACUUGAUGAUUUUGUUUCUGGACCUCGUGAGUUGUUACUUAAAUUUGUAGAAGAGAAUUAUCCGUUGCCUGAAAAACCUGAACCACUUCCUGAGGAAAGUGUCAAAGAGCUUCAACGAAAGAGACACUCUGCAGCACCUGGUGUAUCAUUUAGAGGGAGAGUGAGAAAAGCUGCUAAAUGGCAAACGAAUGAUCAAAGGAGUGAUGAAGAAUCAGAUACUGAUUCCGAAUAUGAAUCUACCGAGUCCGAUGACGAUGAAUUUCAGAUCUGUGAUAUUUGUAAUUCGGAGGAGGAGAGGAAAAAAUUGCUCCAGUGUUCCUGUUGUAGCCAACUUGUACAUCCGACAUGUUUAAUUCCACCUGUUACAGAGUCAGUUUCUGCGGAUUGGUGUUGCCAUUCUUGCAAGGAAAAGACAGAUGAAUAUAUCCAAGCAAGACAUGCCUAUGUUGCUGAACUUUUGAAAAGGUAUGAAGGGGCUGUUGAAAGAAGGUCCAAAAUUUUGGAUAUAAUUCGUUCUUUGGAUCUUCCAAAUAAUCCGUUGGAUGAUAUUAUUGAUCAGCUUGGGGGCCCAGAGAAAGUGGCAGAAAUAACAGGGAGAAAGGGCAUGCUCGUGAGGGCGUCUGGUGGAAAAGGUGUCACCUAUCAGGCACGAAACACGAAGGAUGUAUCCAUGGAAAUGGUUAAUAUACAUGAGAAGCAGCUUUUCAUGGAUGGGAAGAAGCUGGUAGCUAUAAUUUCUGAAGCUGGGUCAGCUGGAGUUUCUUUGCAAGCUGAUAGAAGGGCUUUAAACCAGAGAAGAAGGGUCCAUUUGACUUUGGAAUUACCUUGGAGUGCUGAUCGGGCAAUUCAGCAGUUUGGAAGAACUCAUCGCUCAAAUCAAGCUUCUGCACCUGAGUAUAAGCUACUUUUUACUAAUCUUGGUGGAGAACGGCGGUUUGCAUCUGUGGUUGCUAAGAGACUUGAAUCACUUGGGGCACUGACUCAGGGAGAUCGUCGAGCUGGACUAUCUCUUAGUGCUUAUAACUAUGAUAGUUCCUUUGGGAAGAGGGCCCUGAUGAUGUUGUAUAGAGGGAUCAUGGAGCAGGAUCCUUUGCCACUUGUACCACCAGGUUGUUCUGCUGAUAAACCAGAUGCUUUACAGGAUUUCAUUUUGAAGGGGAAAGCUGCGCUUGUUUCUGUUGGAAUAAUAAGAGACUCCGUUCUUGGUAAUGGAAAGGACUCUGGAAAGCUUUCUGGCCGUAUAGUUGAUUCGGACAUGCAUGAUGUUGGGCGUUUCCUUAACAGGCUCUUGGGAUUGCCACCUGAAAUCCAAAAUAGGCUUUUUGAGUUAUUUGUCAGCAUUCUUGAUCUUUUAGUUCAGAAUGCACGCCUUGAAGGACAUUUAGACUCUGGAAUUGUUGAUAUGAAAGCUACCACUGUUGAACUACAAGGGACGCCAAAGACUGUUCAUAUUGACAACUUGUCCGGGGCUUCAACCAUAUUGUUUACUUUUACAUUGGAUCGUGGACUCAUUUGGGAGUCAGCGUAUGCGUUGCUUGAAGAGAAGCAAAAGGAUGAGUCUAGUUCAACUAAUAGUGGAUUCUAUGAAUCCAAACGAGAAUGGUUGGGAAGAUGGCAUUUUCUAUUAGCAUUUGAAGGUUCUGCUUCAGGAAUGUACAAGGUAUUUCGUCCAACUGUUGGAGAGGCCCUUAGGGAGAUGCCCCUCGCAGAAUUGAAAGACAAGUACCGGAAACUAUCUUCCUUAGAAAAGGCCCGUCAUGGAUGGGAAGAUGAAUAUGACGUUUCAUUGAAACAGUGUAUGCAUGGCCCAAAAUGUAAGCUAGGCAGUUUCUGCACAGUCGGUAGAAGAUUACAAGAAGUUAAUGUGUUAGGUGGGCUUAUACUUCCUGUGUGGGGAACUGUUGAGAAGGCGCUCUCUAAGCAAAUUUGGCAUGGGUCCAAGAUGUUGACGAAUGAGAGAAGCGCAAUUAAGUUUUUUUGUGCCAAGUAUAGAUUAUUGCAAAAGUUGGUGGAAUGGCCUAAGCAAGAUGGAGUUGUCAUUAUACGCUUUCAGAAUGAAGCGCAUUGUAUGGUGGUAGAAAAGCAGUCUUUGUUACAAGGUCCAGGGAAUGAGAUUGGGGCACCCUCGCAUCGCUGUCAUAAUUCUUUUGCAUCAUUUUUUCGGAAUAUCCAUUCCUUGUAAAUUAAUUCAUCUAAAUCAUAGGGCAAUUUUGGGGUUGCUGGAAAUUCUGCCACAGUUUUGUAUCUAACCGUCAAAAUAUACAGUAUUAGAAUUCAAUACAGUUUCCUGUCAGUUCAUCUGUGUCAGCCAAAAGACCAGCUAAAUGAUGCAAUUUGAGUAAUGACUUGUUGGCAACUAAAAGCAGGCCAUGUUUA